UACUCCCAUCUUUAGGCGGUCAGUUAGGUCUUACACACAGACUCAGAUAGUCGUCACUGUGAGACAACUCCGUCUUUGUCUUUUCAUUUCCGCCAAACUAACUUCAAGAAACAUGCGUGAGUGCAUCUCCAUCCACGUUGGUCAGGCUGGUGUCCAGAUCGGCAAUGCCUGCUGGGAGCUUUACUGUCUGGAACAUGGGAUCCAGCCUGAUGGACAGAUGCCCAGUGACAAAACCAGAGGAGGAGGAGAUGAUUCCUUCAACACCUUCUUCAGUGAGACUGGAGCUGGAAAGCACGUCCCCAGAUCUGUUUUUGUUGAUCUGGAGCCCACCGUCAUCGAUGAGGUGCGCACUGGGACCUACCGCCAGCUGUUCCACCCUGAGCAGCUGAUCACUGGGAAGGAAGAUGCUGCCAACAACUAUGCCCGUGGACACUACACUAUUGGCAAGGAGGUCAUUGACCUGGUGCUGGACAGGAUCCGCAAACUGGCUGACCAGUGCACUGGUCUGCAGGGCUUCCUGGUUUUCCACAGCUUUGGAGGUGGCACCGGCUCUGGCUUCACCUCCCUGCUGAUGGAACGUCUGUCUGUUGAUUAUGGCAAGAAGUCCAAGCUGGAGUUCUCCAUCUACCCAGCUCCCCAGGUGUCCACUGCAGUGGUGGAGCCCUACAAUGCUAUCCUGACCACCCACACCACCCUGGAGCACUCCGACUGUGCUUUCAUGGUGGAUAAUGAGGCCAUCUAUGAUAUCUGCCGCAGGAACCUCGACAUCGAGCGUCCUUCCUACACAAACCUGAACAGGUUGAUCAGUCAGAUUGUGUCCUCCAUCACCGCCUCUCUCCGUUUCGAUGGCGCCCUCAAUGUUGAUCUGACCGAGUUCCAGACCAAUCUGGUGCCAUAUCCCCGUAUCCACUUCCCUCUGGCCACCUACGCCCCUGUCAUCUCUGCUGAGAAGGCGUACCAUGAGCAGCUCUCAGUGUCUGAGAUCACAAACGCCUGCUUCGAACCAGCCAAUCAGAUGGUGAAAUGUGACCCUCGUCAUGGCAAGUACAUGGCCUGUUGUCUCUUGUAUCGUGGUGACGUGGUGCCCAAAGAUGUCAACGCUGCCAUCGCCACCAUCAAGACCAAGCGCUCCAUCCAGUUUGUGGACUGGUGUCCCACUGGUUUCAAGGUUGGCAUCAACUACCAGCCACCCACUGUGGUUCCUGGUGGAGACCUGGCCAAGGUCCAGAGAGCUGUGUGCAUGCUGAGCAACACCACUGCUAUCGCUGAGGCCUGGGCUCGGCUCGACCACAAAUUUGACCUGAUGUAUGCCAAGCGCGCCUUUGUUCACUGGUAUGUAGGUGAGGGUAUGGAGGAGGGAGAGUUCUCUGAGGCCAGAGAAGACAUGGCAGCGCUCGAGAAAGAUUAUGAGGAGGUGGGAACUGACAGUGUUGGGGAUGAUGAGGAGGAAGGGGAAGAAUAUUAGUCAGACAUGAUGGGUUUCCGUCUGUUCUACAUUUUCCUCAUUCCACACAGAUGGCUGUUACCAAUGUUUGAUCAGUAAAAAGUUAAUCUAAGCAGGGCUCUGCAUGUUCUGAUUAAGUGCAGGACUGUUAAGUAGAUGUAUGCAACUGAUCUAUGCCCUGUAUUGUGCAAAAAUAAAGUUAAUUUGGCCACA